GUGGAAGUUCCUUCCGGCAUUAACCGGAAGUGUCAUGACGUAAGACUGUCAUGGCGACGUCCUGUACCUAGUUAUGAAUUUUAUUCGUUGCACUCAAUAUUCAAUUGAAUUCAUUGUAUCUAAAGGAAAAUUUGACAUAUUAGUACUUAUUUUAUAUAAACACAUCUGUUAAUUUCAAUUUGAUAUGCAUUAUAGAUAUUAGCAAUGCAUUAAUUACGGUUUGGAGAACUGGUCGUUGCCGGGGGAGAGUUCGCAUUAUAAGGGCGUUUAUCCAUAGUUUUUCCCCGGCUCUUUUCUCUGUCGUUUCGCCACGAUGAAGACGGUUAUUAUGGUGGCCGAGAAACCGUCGCUGGCACAGUCGAUCGCAAAAAUUUUGUCUAAAGGUAACUGCAUUAGCCGCAAGGGCCUGAACGGAGCGUGCUCAGUGCAUGAGUACGCCGGCAGCUUCAUGGGCCAGGCUGUCCGCUUCAAGAUGACAUCUGUCUGUGGUCAUGUGAUGAGCCUGGACUUCAUAGGGAAGUAUAAUAACUGGGACAAGGUGGACCCCGCUGAGCUCUUCAGCAAAGCUCCCACAGAGAAGAAGGAAGCGAACCCCAAGCUGAACAUGGUCAAGUUCCUGCAGGUAGAAGCCAAGGGAUGUGACUCUGUUGUUUUGUGGCUGGACUGUGACAAAGAGGGUGAAAACAUCUGUUUUGAGGUACUGGACGCUAUCCAGCCGGUGAUGAACAGGGCUUUUAGUAAUGAGCAGACCGUGUACCGGGCCAAGUUCAGCUCCAUCACUGACACAGAUAUCUGCAACGCCAUGAACCGCCUGGGGCAGCCCAACCGCAACGAAGCUCUGUCUGUGGAUGCCCGCCAGGAGCUGGAUCUGCGCAUCGGCUGUGCCUUUACACGGUUUCAAACCAAAUAUUUCCAAGGGAAAUAUGGCAACCUGGACUCCUCGCUGAUCUCCUUUGGACCCUGCCAAACCCCCACCCUGGGCUUCUGUGUGGAGCGCCAUGAUAAGAUCCAGUCUUUCAAAUCUGAGACCUACUGGGUGAUCCAGGCUAAGGUGUUCAAGGGGAAGGACAGCCCCGUGAUGUUGGACUGGGACCGGAUGCGAGUCUUCGACAGGGAGGUCGGCCAGAUGUUCGUCAACAUCAGCAAGGAGUCCCGUGAGGCGAGGGUGGAGUCGGUGAGUAAGAAGGAGAAAGUAAAGCAGAGACCCCUGGCCCUGAACACGGUGGAAAUGCUCAGGGUAGCCAGCUCUGCCCUUGGUAUGGGUCCUCAGCACACUAUGCAGAUUGCAGAGCGCCUCUACACCCAGGGCUACAUCAGCUACCCACGCACGGAGACCACGCAUUACCCCGAGAACUUCGACCUGAAGGGCACCCUGCGGCAGCAGGCCAGUAACCCCUUCUGGGCUGAUGCGGUAAAGGUGUUGCUUGCGGACGGACUGAACCGCCCCAGGAAGGGGGCGGAUGCUGGUGACCACCCCCCAAUAACCCCCAUGAGAGCUGCGUCUGAGAGCGAGCUGGGAAGUGAUGGCUGGCGGCUGUAUGAGUACAUCACACGGCACUUCAUCGCCACUGUCAGCCAGGACUGCAAAUACCUCCAGACCACCAUCGCCUUCAGCAUCAGCACAGAGAGCUUCUCCUGCACGGGGAAAACUCUGCUAUCGGCUGGCUUCACAGAGGUCAUGCCCUGGCAAGGGUUGACAGUCGAGGAGAGUCUGCCGUCAUGCGAGACAGGAGACACCUUCACUGUGGAUGAGAUCAAGCUGGUGGAGAAGCAGACCAGCCCACCUGACUAUCUCACAGAGGCGGAGCUCAUCACGCUGAUGGAGAAGCACGGGAUUGGAACGGAUGCAAGCAUCCCUGUCCACAUCAACAACAUCUGCCAGAGGAACUACGUCACGGUGGAAGGCGGCCGCCGGCUCAAGCCCACCAACCUGGGCGUCGUGCUGGUGCACGGCUACUACCGGAUAGACGCUGAGCUGGUGCUGCCCACCAUCCGCAGCGCGGUUGAGAAGCAGCUCGGCCUCAUCGCUCAGGGCAAGGCUGACUUCCAGCAGGUUCUGCUGCACACGCUGGACAUCUUCAAGAGGAAGUUCCACUACUUUGUAGACUCCAUCGCAAGCAUGGAUGAGCUGAUGGAGGUCUCCUUCUCGCCCAUCGCAGACACAGGGAAGCCACUGUCACGCUGUGGCAAAUGCCAUCGCUUCAUGAAAUACAUCCAGGCCAAGCCCAGCCGCCUCCAUUGCUCACACUGCGACGAGACGUACAGCCUGCCGCAGAACGGUGCCAUCAAGCUGUACCGUGAACUGCGCUGCCCGCUGGACAACUUCGAGCUGGUGCUGUGGAGCUCCGGGGCACGGGGAAAGAGCUACCCAUUGUGCCCCUACUGCUACAGCAACCCACCGUUCAGGGACAUGAAGAAAGGAAUGGGCUGCAAUGAGUGCACGCACCCGUCAUGCCAACACUCACUGAGCGCGCUGGGCAUCGGCCAGUGUGUGGAGUGCGAUGCCGGCGUCCUGGCCCUGGACCCCGCCUCAGGGCCCAAGUGGAAGAUGGCGUGCAACCGUUGCAGCGUGGUUGUGCAGUUCUUUGAACAUGCGCACCGCGUGCAGGUGACGGCGGAGAGCUGCGAGGCCUGCGAGGCUGCCCUGGUCUCCGUGGACUUCAGUAAAGCACAUUCGCCACUGCCUGGGAACGCCACCCAACACACUGGCUGCGUUUUCUGCGACCCUGUCUUCCAGGACCUGGUGGAACUGAAGCACGCCACCAUGAGGCACCCCAUGCAUCGUGGGGGCCAGGCCCGCCGGCAGGGAGGGCGGGGCCGAGGCCGGGGCCGACGUCCGGGAGGGAGAGGCAACCCGAAGAAACCUAAGGACAAGAUGGCCGCCCUGGCAGCGUACUUUGUUUAGCGAACAGCAAUCUAAGUGUUCCUGUUGACAUCAGCGCUGUUUAUCUGUGUUCAUUUAACUUAGAAUAAAUUUAUACACAAAAAAAAUCA